UAAGCUGCACUAAUCACAUUUUUCUUCUUCAGCUGCUUCCGUUAGCAUUCUCUCUUUCUCUCUGGCUCUGCAGAAGUGACAAAUUUUGAAGCUUAUGAAACGAUGAGUCGUCUGGCACCAUUAUCAGAAGAACCCAUUAACGAUGAAGAUCAAGACUUCUCCGUCUCAAACUCCUCCUCUUCCUCUUCUUCCAACAAGAAGCCUAAUUCGUGGAAGAACUGGCUCAAAACCCACUUAUCCCUUCUAGUUUUCACCAAAAAAUCUGACCUCAAAAUCCUAUUGAGCGUCCUCGGUUGCCCUCUCUUCCCCGUCCCCGUUCUUCCCAAACACCCCCUCAAUGAGGUAUCAUCAUCUGCACAAUACAUCAUACAACACUUUAUGGCGGCAACAGGGUGUCGAAAAUUGGAAGGGGGAGUGAAGAACAUUUUUGCAACUGGGAAAGUUACUAUGGCAAUGGGGGAUGAAUUUGGGGCUUCCACUGCCUCAAUUGGUGGUGGUGGUGGAGGAGGAGUUUCACAAAAGGGGUGUUUUGUAAUGUGGCAAAUGUUUCCUGAUAAGUGGCUCAUUGAACUUGUUGUGGGUGGUCACAAAGUUAUAGCUGGUAGUGACGGAAAUGUAGCAUGGCGGCACACACCAUGGCUCAGUGCACAUGCCGCCAAGGGCGGUGUCCGCCCUCUUCGACGUGCUCUUCAGGGAAUGGAUCCAAUAGCGGUAUCCAACAUAUUUUCGACGGCACAGUACAUUGGGGAGAAGCAAAUUUGCGGGAUGGACUGUUUUGUGUUGAAGUUAUCUGCUAACCAAUCUGAGCUUGCUGAUAGAGGUGAUAGCACAGCAGAAAUGAUCAAGCAUGUCAUAUUUGGUUACUUCAGCCAAAGAAGUGGGCUACUGGUGUUUUUAGAGGACUCAUAUUUAACCAGAAUUCAGGCCCCUGGAACCCAACCAACUUACUGGGAAACCUCCAUGGCUACAAGAAUUGAAGAUUACAGGGCAAUUGAAGGUGUGAUGAUAGCUCACGCUGGUCAGUCAAGCGUUAUCAUCACGAGAUUUGGGGAUAAUCUCAAGGCAGGGCUUUCCAUUACGCGCAUGGAGGAGGUCUGGAUGAUCGAUGAUCUUGCAUUCAAUGUUGCCGGGUUGUCGAUGGAUUGUUUCAUCCCUCCUAAAGAAGUUCAGAAAGAUUCUUGUUUGCCAGAUGAAAAUGUUGAUUGUUUAAGAUCAUCAUCAUCAUUGCUUUGAUCAUGCACGUAUUAAUUGCUUGUCAUUUGACCUUUAACUAGAGUAACAACCGAAAAAUAUUGCCUCCACAUAUAUAUAUUUGUAAUGUGUAAAUUACUUCAAGUUCUUUUUGUUUAGAUGUUGAAGAGAGAAGUUCUGUGAUAUUCAAAUCAAGCAGUAAUUCUUCAA